ACCAAACGACUCAAAAUGCCCUAAAACGUGCUCCUAGACACUUUCUGUGGGAUCUGCGUUGCUGUACUUUACAAUGGCAACUAUGUGCACUCUCAAAAAUGAUGUGUUAAAUAAUUACACAUUUUUUGUGUUAUCACAAUUUUAACACAAUUUGUGUUAUUUUGUGUUGUUAAUGUGUUAUAUUACUGGAAUAUACUGCCCAACACAAAAUGUGUUAAAUUAUUGGCCAAUCCCUGGUGUCCUGGAUGAGCUGUUACCCUGAGAAGAGAAGUUAUUUUUCUCAGCACUUCAUUUUAUCUUGGCGCGCACUUGAAGAAGUUGGAAGGUGGCACUGGCACACAGUGGAUGUAAAUGUCUGAAUAAAAGGUAAGGUAGACCCAUGUCUUCAGACGUAUUUGUUAUGUUUAUUUUAAAGACUGUUGCAACUUGCAAUAUUGUAAAGGUUAAACGAUAAUAAACUAAAAUAAAGUCCAGCAUCGAUUGUUAGCCAAGUAGCUCUAGCAGCUAGGUUAUUGAUAAGCAAUCGUUAUGCUAGACUAGUCCAUGUUAAGUCAACCCUGACCUUACAUUAACACACUUUGAAAAGCACUGUAGAAACUAAAAUAUUCUAACGUUACGUCAACUCGUAUUACUAUGUGGGUAAAUCCGCAUUUUGGGUAAAGUUUUAGCUAUGGACAGCUAAUGUUAGCAAGCUGACCACAUUGGUAUGUAUUUUAAGAUAGCUAAUUCAGCUAGCGAAUUCGGUGGAAAGCAGCUAGAAUGCUAACGCUAGACGCUAUGAUUGCUAACAUUACAGGCGGGAAACGUUGCUUUGUUCGUGGGAACUGGUAUGACUAUUUUCUAUUUUGUUGCAGCUACAAGGAGACAUGGCGAUGCCGAAAUCGCUUGUUACCAUAUUUCUGGAUGACAAGGAAAUCAGCAAAAAAAUAUUUCAGCUGGAGUCUGUCGAAGAGAUAGUAGAUGACUGCAAAUCGAAUGCAACACUACUCCUUGACAGUGAACUCCUUGAAUGUGACAGAAUUCUCAAAUUCUCCCCUGAAUUUAAUGAAUUCAUUGAUAUAGACUGCCAUGACUUUGUUCAACACAUGGACAAGUUCCAGGUGUUUUUCAAGACACGUGAAGCAUCAAUGUUGACUGAACAGUCGGAUGCAGUUGAAACAAAUCAAAUCAGGGAUCCCAUUGGUGUUGAAACUCUGAGAGCAGUUCUUGUGAGGAAAGGUGCAAGUGUUCUAGCAGAUUAUGAGGCCUCUGGAACACUCUCAGAGUCUUCAAGGAAACUCAUUGUUAAAAUCGCUGUCAGUGAGUUGAUUGAGAGGAAGGGAUUUUAUCCACAAAGUGAAGACAAAUCCAAGUUGGCCAGAUCUAUGGUAGCACUUUUCCCGUCACUCAAAAUCAAGAUGGGAGAGGAGAAUGAGGGAUUUGAACAUUUCUAUGACCCCAUAUCCCACAGUGGAUUCCUUGAGAUCCGACUCCGAAAUCUAAGGAGGAAUCUUCAAGAUGAUCAACGCCGUUAUCAGCGCAAGCGUGUCAAGUCCACUGAUAACCCUAGAGCGUCCAUUAGGGUGGAAAUGCCUGCAGAAGGGGAUGAUUCAGUCAACGAAUGGAUGACGGUUAUAAAAAGAAUGAGACCGUGUCAGGAAAACCUCAGCACCAUCAAAGAAGCCAUGGACAAAACCUAUGCUAGCCGAAGGUUGUGGAUUGCUGCUAGACAUCCAACGUUGGAGGAAUUUUUUGCAGAGUUUCCACGCUUUGUGGACAUGCCAUACAUGUUUGACACAGAAUUUGGAAAGAUGUUUCCUGGAAAAGAUGACAUGUUCAUCCGAAAAUGGGAGGGAACCAUCAUCCCAAAGAUACUAAAAAUGUCCACAAGUGAACCUGCAGCUGCCUUGACACCAGUUCCUGAGGAUGAUGGUUGGAGGAAUUAUCUCUGUUAAGCUUUUGUGCUACAGUGAAUGAAUGCUUUUGAUUUUAACAAGAAAGUAAGAGUUUACUAAAUUGUGUUUGUUUUUAUAGUUUCAUGUUACAGAGCUCUUCAUAAGCUUGUCCAUCUGCUGCCCCCCACUGCAUCAGGCAGGGGCAAAGGGAACACCAAAUGCAGUGUGAAGUCAGCUUUGGGCUACCUUUUGGAUAUAAAGCCGGUAGGCCCCUCAUAUAGUAAAUGUUUAUUUUGUGUGCUUACAGUACGGAACGCCUAUAUUGUAUGUUUUGUGUAUGUUUUAUGGUGCAAUGUUAUAUCUGGUAUAAUGUAAAAUGAGUAUUGUCAAUUUGUAAAUGGCUUGAAACCCUGCAUAUGUCUAAUGACUUGUUUAUGUUCUUGUUCUUUCUUUAAAAUAACAGACUGGAACCAGCAUUUCCAGUGUGCUGAACAAUCCUCCUGAUAGACCAGUAGAACAUCGCCAGCCCCACUUGGUGUGCAUU